AAGAUCUGCUAUGUUGCUCUUGACUUUGAGCAGGAAAUGCAGACAGCUUCAACAUCAUCAUCCCUUGAUGAGCUUCCUGAUGGUUAAGUAAUUACCAUUGGUAAUGAGAGGUGCAGGUGCCCAGAAGCUGAAUUCCAGCCAUCCUUCCUCGGCAUGGAGUCUGCAGGUAUCCACGAAACCACCUACAACUCCAUCAUGAAGUGCGACGUCGAUAUCCGUAAAGACUUGUAUGCCAACACUGUAUUGUCUGGUGGUUCCACAAUGUUCCCAGGUAUUGCUGACCGUAUGCAGAAAGAGAUCACUGCUCUUGCUCCACCAACAAUGAAGAUCAAGAUCAUUGCUCCACCAAAGCGCAAAUACUCUGUAUGGAUCGGAGGCUCCAUCUUGGCCUCUCUAUCCACCUUCCAACAGAUGUGGAUCUCCAAACAAGAGUAUGAUGAAUCUGGUCCAUCCAUCGUCCACAGAAAGUGCUUCAAGAUUAAAAAAAACCAACAUAGCUGUAAUUAAUUAAUUUAAGAUCUGACUGCAUUUAUCCCAACUAGUCUUGCAUACUUUGCUCCCUGUCAGCCUUUUGAAAUCAGUCCCAGCAAGAU